CAGCUUCAAAAUCGAUAUCCCUUUACCUUUCCCUCCCCAUUUCCUUUUUCUCUUGCGACAAUUCUCAGACUAAGAAACGAAGCCAUGUCUUCCACUCGUAGUGGUCGUCAUCAUCGUCCUUCUUCAUCUUCUCCUGUAUCAUCAAAUUCAUUGCUGAAGUCUAUAAAGGAACCCCCACACAACAUUUUUCCCUCUAAGGACGAGUUCCUGAGACUCGUGGCGGUGCUCGCCAUCGCUUCCUCUGUCGCCGUUUGUUGCAACAUCUUCUUCACUCUCAUCAACCGCCAACCAAAGCCCUUCUGCGAUUCCCACAACUCUCACUCCCCAGAUUCUAUCUCCGAUUUCUGUGAGCCUUGUCCGAGUAACGGAGAAUGUAACCAAGGCAAGUUGGAAUGCGUUCGUGGUUAUAGAAAGCAUGGGAAGUUGUGUGUAGAAGAUGGAGAUAUUAAUGAAACAGCUAAGAAACUUUUGAAGUGGAUAGAGAUUCAUCUUUGUGAAGCACAAGCUCAAUUUUUAUGCGAUGGACUUGGGGCAGUUUGGGUCAGAGAGGAUGAUAUAUGGAAGGAGUUAGAUGGACAUGAUUUGGUGAAAAAUGUUGGCUUGGACGAUGGCACCUUUUUGUAUACAAAACAAAGGGUAAUGGAUGCUGUUAGUAGAUUAUUGGAGACAAGGACAGAUCCUCAUGGGUAUACCAUUCUAUCUUCAAUUCAGAAAUCUUAAGAUUUAAUGAAUGCU